UUGCCUUCUACACCAUUCAUUCGUCGACUUCUUUUUAUUUCGGUUUGCUUAUAUUUUGUAAUUCCAUAGUAGAAGCAGUAUUUCGUCAACAAAAGUGAAAGCGGACAGAAUUAGUGCUACCGAAAUGGUAUGACUUUCGGACCAAAAUUUGCAAUGAAAUCGAGUUGAAUGAAAUUGAUUGUUAUUUACGUUUUAACAUAACAUAAAAGAGUUCUUUGUGUACGAACUUUAUAGGACACACGUUCUAAGGAAUUUGGGGACUAAACAUCCCAUUGUGUGAAGUGUUUUCCCCUAUUUUCCAUUACACCUAUCCUUCCACUUUCUUGGUGUACAAAACCCAGUGUGUAUUGGUGUGUUCGCUUUUUCAAAUCAAUUGUUUUCAUUGAGUAAGUUUUUUUUUACAAAGCCCAUUAUUAUGUGCAAUUAUUGACGAUUGGUGACCGUGUUGGUGAAACAAUAGUGCACUGGCUACGAUAAAACAUUUCGACGCAUGAAUUUGUGAACUGAAUCGAAAGCAGAUUCGUUUUUCAAUGUGAAAUCGAAAUACUAUUUUUAGUUUCAUUCAGAGUGAUAUCAUCGUAAAUAUAAAUUAUACAUACACCAGACAGCCAGCUGUAAUAGCAUUCUAUGUCAACAGCACAUUUUCUAAAAACGUUCGUUUUACACGAGAGACUACAUCGGACAUCUCUGGAAUAGUAUACGGUCCGAAUUGAAGAAAAAAUACAGAAAAAUACAAAAAUGGGUGCUCUCCUCGGGAAAAUGAAUUCACCAUUGGCUUGUGGCAGCGUAACACAAAUCAUAACCGGACGGAAACGGAAACGAGAAAAUUCCGAAUCCAGCGAUGACGUUAGCAAUACAUUGUCGAGAUCAAUGAACACACCAAAAAAAAAGAAACUUCUGACGACCACUCAGUAUAUCUAUCAAGCCUUAUACAAAGAACAACUGAACUCUGACAUCACAGUAUUGGCAUUGGGAAAAACGUGGAGAUUACAUAAGGUGUAUCUGUGUCAAAGUUCAUACUUUGCGAGUAUGUUUGGUGGCUCGUGGCGUGAAACCAAUCAGGAUUUUGUGAACAUAGAGAUUGUUGAUCCGAAGAUCACAAUUAACGCAAUGGAAACAGUUUUUGGUUCUCUUUAUCUGGACGAAGUUGUAAUUGAACCAAAAGAUGUCACUUCGGUGCUGGCAACUGCUACCCUCUUCCAACUGGAUGAACUCAUCAACCGAUGUGCUGAAGUAAUGAUCGAAACGGUCAACGCAGAGACAAGUAUCAACUACUACGAGGCAGCUUGUGAAUACGGAGUGCAUUCAGUCAAAAAGUCUGCGUUCCAAUGGCUCCUGUUAAAUUUGUUAAGCUUUCUGCAGAAACAUCCUCGGUGGUUGCAACAGGUCAACACUGAAUUAAUGACAGCUCUGGUAUCGAGUCCGGAUUUGUUUGUUGUGCAAACAGAAUUCACUUUGUAUCUGUUGCUGAGGCAGUGGCUAAUAUUAAAGUUAUUUCCGGACUACGAACAGAUGGGUGGUGAAAGACCGGAUUUUUUGAAAUAUUUCUCAUCAGUGGAAGAUAACAUACCAUUUCUGCAAACGGCGAGGGGCAGAAGAUACGAUCAACCAUUCCGUAAACUACGAAUUCAAUACCUCAUAAAUCAUCCACUCGAUUUGGAUGUUAUUCUAAAUGAUCGUCUGAUUCCUCGAAGCUGGCUGUACAAUCCGAUAAUUCAACAAUGGCAUUCAAUGCUCAAAAUUGAUCAUUCGGUUGAUUCCGGACCACAAGAAAGUGAUAGUAAUGUCUUCUUGGAGACCUGUCUACGAUGCGGUCGAAUACUUCAAGAGCAAGGAUUCCAGAAGUGGCGAUGGACAGGUUUCAAUUUCGGCCUCGACUUGAUUUUAAUUACAGACGCUAGAACGUUAAGUAUAAAACGGCACCAGCGACCGGAAUAUGAGCGUCUGCUAAGUAUGCAGACGAAACGUCAAUUCUUGCUACGUAUCACCAUUGCAUCGCUAAACGAUCAACGCCAAGCAAAACAUACUCAAACCACUGACAUUCAGUGCUUAAGCUUGGAAAAGAAUCAAGAGACCACAUUGAUAUUUAUGGACCAGGAACUGACGUAUCCGUUGUACAUCUCAGUCAAUUUACUAGUCGUUUCACCAAAUAAAAUUAAACGAGAGUCUACGCCAAGCGUUCCAACGGAAGUGAAUUUACCAACCGAUAAUGUCAACGAAAAUCACAGCGAGCCUAAAUCGAUCAGUGAAUCGAACUUAUUUUCGUCGUCAUGAGCCGGAUUUUACCUGCACAAUUAAUUUUAUUUAUAAUUUCAACUGCGUAAUUUAAAUCAGUGCAGUUCAACAGAGCCAUUUUUUGUAUGCCGAAAUACAUUUUCUAUAAUUGCAAGUCGUUGCGACCGGAAGCUUU